UGCGGUAUGAAGUUGCAGGCUGGAGAUCAAACUCUGUUUGCACACAGCUUGCCUCAGCAUCUCUGAUCUCACUCCUCUACCCUCAACAUUACCAAAAUGGCAUUCGCUGGAAGAUGGGAAACCGAGACCCAGGAGGGAUACGACGCCUUCUGCAAGGUGCUAGGCAUUCCAGAUGAUGUCAUCGAGAGGGGCCGUGACUACAAGUUGAUCACAGAGGUCACCCAGGAUGGCAAAGAUUUCACCUGGACCCUCUUAUAUCCUGCCAAUGCCAAGGUCACCAACAAGUUCACUAUCGGAAAGGAGGCCGACAUGGAGACCAUUGGAGGAAAGAAAUUCAAGGCUACAGUACAAAUGGAAGGAGGCAAGCUAAGUGUGACCUUCCCCAACUACCACCACACCUCUGAGAUCAGUGGUGGCAAACUCAUCGAGACCUCCAAAGCCGGCUCUGUAGUGCUGAAGAGAAUCAGCAAGAAGAUCUAACUCUCAUCUUUAACAGUUACAAUGGAGACCUCGGAACAAUAUUUGUGUUAAUUAAUAAACUAUGGUGAUCGUGCCAACUUGAA